UGAAGGGAGAGCGACAUCAACAAACCUCAUCCAGUGCUCAUUGACUUAAAUAGUCUGGUUUUGUUUUCUAACAGCAAGAUAUAUUUCUGGAUGUUUGAGUCGCUAUAUGAAACUACAAUUUGUGCAGUGAAGAUAGCAUUUUGAAGUUAAUUGUUGUGUUAAUUUAUUCAGACCGAGUGACAUUGGUCUGAAGAUUGCCUCAGAGAUUGGAUGCUUGAUGUUAAGUGGCUAAAGUGGUUUAGUAGUUGCAAUCACAGACUCGGGGUAUCCACAGCAGAGCCAGCAGCCAGGGAGUGGCGCUAACUAAUCACUUGAGAUUGAUUCAUUGCCUUGCCUUGACUGCUAAGAGGUUGUGAUUUUAACAAGUAGCUGGGGGACUCUUCUCAAAGCCACCAUGAGGUGAGAUGAUGCAGUCGACCCCUCUCCUCCCAAACCUGGAGCCUGGGAUGGGGAAGUCUGCAGCCAUGCUGGGGUUGUCUGCUGGGUUGGGGGGAGCAGAGAUGGAGCUGCAGAAGAUGCUAAUCGAUGAGAGGAUGAAGUGCGAAAACCACAGGACCAACUACCAGACACUAAAGGCUGAACACACCAGCUUGCAGGAUGAGUUUACCCGGGCGCAGGGUGAACUGAAGCGCCUGCUGAGUGACAGACAGGCUCAGCAGGAGAAACUGCAGCUGCUGUUGGCUGAGCUCCGAGGAGAGCUGCUGGACAAAACCAGGGAGCUGGAGGAGCUUCGGCUGCAGGUGAUGACCCCUCAGCGGCUGGAGUUACUCAGAGCUCAGGUGCAGCAGGAGAUGGAGGCUCCAGUCAGAGAGAGGUUCAAUAAACUAGAGGAGGAGACAGAGAAAUACAGGUCAGAGUACAACAAGCUGCGGUAUGAGUUCACCUUUCUCAAGUCCCAGUUUGACCACCAGAGAGAAGAACAUGCUCGUAUACUGGAGGAGAGGAGGAUCCGCUAUGAAGCAGAGAUGUCUCGUCUGGAGAAGGAUAGGGAGGACCUGGUGGCACAGUACCAGGGUUCAGACCCCCUGCGGGAUGGGAAACGAGUGGAGGCUCUGCUGAGGGAGAAAGCCCAGUUCCACCUGCGCCUGAAGGGCCUGGAGGCAGAGGUGGCUGAGCUGCGCGCCCAGAAAGAAAACUCGGGCCAGCAGGCCGAGAACAUCCAACGCAUCCAGAUCAGACAACUAACAGAGUCUCAGGCUGCAGUGAAGUCUCUGGAGGCGGAGCGUCAGUCGUUGCGUCUGCAGCUGGAGCGGAUGGAGAGUGAGCUUCACCUGACCCAUGAGCAGAACAGCCAGCUCACAGGACGACUGCACAAAGCUGAGAGAGAGGUCAACUCCCUCACCUGCCAGAUUGAAAGCCUGAAGCAUUCACAUAAACUGGAGGUGGCCAGCAUCAAACUGGAGUGUGCCCGCUCUAAAGGGGAGUUGGAGAGGGAGAGAGACACACUGCAGGGGCAGAUUGACGGUCUGCAGGCAGAUGUUGAGGUGUUGAAGGCUGCGGUGGAGCGACACAAGGAAGUUCUGGUGGAGAAAGAGAGGGAGAUGGUAAGGAAGGUGCAGUCCGCCCGCGAGGAGGAGGUCCGCAAAACUGCAGCCUUGCACGAGGAAAAGUUGGAGCUGGAGAACCGUCUCGCUGCUCUGGAACAGCAGAGGGCGCUGCAGGAAGCUGCAGAUCACGCCCAGUCAGAGGAAUGGGAGGAGCGUCUUCGUAGCACCCAACAAGGAGAGGAGUCAGCCCGCAGGGAACUGCAAAACCUGAGAACCAAACUACAGCAGCAAAGCUCACAGAUUGAGGAGCUUGAGAGACAGAAAGCGGAGAUCACUGACCUACAGCAGCAGAACCAGGAACUGGGUGUCCAGCUGGGGACGCUGUCUCACUCUGAAAGUGACCUGAUGGAGACAAACCAGCGACUGAGAGAAACACUGGACAGAGUCAGGGAGGAGCUGAGGAUGGCCCGAGCCCAGGCUGAGAGGUGCCAACACGAGGCAGAGAGGCUGGUGGAGAACCGUCAGGUGGAGUGGUUGGAGGAGAAACACAAGCUGCAGGAGCGAGAUGCUGGGCUGCAGCAGAAAUACUCUCAGGCCAAAGAAAAACUGCAGAGGGCAGCAGUGGCCCAGAAGAAGAGGAAAAUGCUGACAGAAAACAAAGAGAAGAGACUGCAGGAGAAGAUCCAGCUGCUGGAGGCCAAGAUAGAGGAGAUGGAACUGGAAGCUGCUGCAGCCAAGAAACGUUCAUCUUUCUCAGAGGAGCAAGCUCAACUCAGCAGACGGUUGAAGGAGCUGCAGCGACGACACAACGAGUUUCGACGCCUCCUAUUGGGCGGCCAGGUUCCCUAUAGUACUGGCCCCGCCUUCCUGACCUCCUCACCCACCCCCUUCCUCCUCCUGGGGUCUGAGGGGCUGUUACCCAACAUACCAGAGGAGCAGCAUCAGAGGGAGCUGUCUCUGCUCCGUCGGAGGCUGGAGGACCUGGAAAGCGCCCAGCAGCAGCAGCUGGAGGAACUGGGAUCUCUGGUGCACAGGGACCGGGACCCCACUCCCCAGCCUGACCUCUGACCUCUGACCCCCCCCCCACUACUUCCCAUUGGACAUUUGAAAUACAGAAUGAGGUGGUGUCGUGUUUGUCACAUCAAGGACACUAGUGUUUUUAUAAAAAAAAUAGAAGCAUUAUUUAUUGCUGUAUUUCCACGCGAAAGGAUUUUGUCAGCAUUUGCAUGUCUUUCCAAUGUAAUUUGAAAUACUGCAGCACCUUUUUUUUAUUAUUUGAAUUUUUUUUUUAGUACCCGUGACGUCCUCAGGGUUCGUUUUGUAUUGAGAUGUUUGUUGUUUACACACAUUUGCUCUUAAGCCACUCUGGGGGAAAAAGUCUUUACACAGAUGAGUCGAUACAGAGGUUUAAGACACUACAGGCUGUGAAUUGCACAAUGUUUAUACAGACUGUUGAUGUCAUUUCCGACAAGUUUUACUUGAAUUGUAUUGAAACAAUAAUGAUUUACAGAGAAACUUUUUUCUGA